AUGUCGAUGACGGAUCUCUACAAAGUCUUUGACCAGACGGUCAGGGACAUCACGAGAGAGGUGAAUCGCAGCAUUCUGAAGGUUCCUGAGAUCGAACAGAAGACGUUGGAUGCGACCAGCAACGAGCCAUGGGGUCCUCACGGCCAGGCCAUGAACGAGAUUGCCAGCUCCACCCGCAACUACCCGGACUUCCGAAUGAUUAUGGCGAUUUUGUGGAAACGAGUUCAGGACUCUGGAGCCAACUGGAGACACGUGUACAAGGCAUUGACGCUGAUGGAGUUCCUGGUGGCGAACGGCGCGGAGCGUUGCAUCGACGAGUUCAGAGACCAUAUGUACCAGCUGCAGAGACUGACGGAUUUCCAAUACGUUGACCCGGACGGCAAGGACCAGGGCAUCAACGUGCGCAAGAAGGCUCAGACUCUCGUCGCUCUGCUCAGGGACACGGACAAGAUUCGGGAAGUCCGGGAGAAGGCAGCGGCUAAUCGCAACAAGUACGGUGGCAUUUCCUCUGCCGCCUACCGUGCUGGCGGUGCCGGUGGCUUCGGCAGCAACGCUGGCGGUUUUGGCAAUACCGGCAGGAGCGGGGGAGGCGGCUACGACAGCUACGGCGGGGGCGGUGGUGGUGGUGGCAGCCGUUACGACAGUUACGGCUCCAAGGACGAAUUUGGCCCUCCGCGCCGGGCUGGUGGUUAUUCGGAGGAUCGGGACAGGGGUGACCGUUACAACUCGCGUGGGCGGGAUGAGAGGGGCGAAGGGGGCAAGAGCCGCUACUCCUCUCGCUAUGGGGAUGAGGGAGGCCGUGGAGGGGGUGAUUACUCGGACUCCAAGUAUGACGAGGGCAGAGGGGGGCGAGGUGGUGCGAGGGAUGACGAGGAGCGCGAGUAUGGGCGCCCUGGGUACUCUGCGGCUGCUGAAGGAUCGGGGACACAGCCUGCGUCGCUGGACGAUGAUGACUUCGAACCCCGCGGCUCCUCCAAGCCCUCUCAGCCUGCUGCUGCUGCUGCCGAUGAUGAUUUCGAUGACUUUGAUCCCCGGGGCACACCACCCGCAGCUGCAAAGCCGUCCGCCCCUCCUCCUGUGACAGCGCCUGCAGCUGCACCUCCUGCUGCCAACCUGCUGGACGAUAUCUUUUCUGCCCCCGCGCCAGCUGCUCCUGCUGCCGCUGCGGCACCUGCAGCUGACCUUUUCUCUGGCGCUGAUUUCCAGUCUGCUCCUCCUGUUGCUGCAGCACCACUCGGGGCUGGAGUCGACCUCUUGUCCACGCCAGCACCAGUGGCCGCACCUGCUCCUGCUGCUCCCGCUAGUGCCGUGGAUCCGUUUGCUGCGUUUUCUGCCCCCAUGCCCGCGCCUGCACCUGCCUUUUCCGCUCCUGCUGCCGAUGACUUUGGUGACUUCUCAGCAGCAGCCCCUGCUCCUCCUGCGCCUGCAGCCUCUGCCGACCCCUUUGCCGCCAUGCUUGGUGUCUCUGCCACUCCUGCUGCCCCCCCUGCCUUCUCUACUCCUGGUUCCGGUUUCGCCAUGGGUGCUAGCCCGGCUGCUGCUGCUGCUCCGGCUGCCCGUCCAUCUGCCUCUGCUGCACCGCAGGGAGGCAAGUCGCCUGGGAUGUGGGCGGAUGCUCUCAGCUCUGGUCUCAUUGACCUCGCCAUCACGUCAUCCAAGGAUGAGAACCUCGCAGCCUUGGGCAUCAUGACUGACUCGGCCUCACUCAAGUCCGAUUCUAAGUCGGUCGUCUCUCCAACUUCCUCCUCUGCAGCCCCCACUGCUAGCCCCAGCCCUUUUAACAUGGGAGGCAUGUCCAUGGGUAAGGCCAUGGGCCAGGGUUCAGGCAAGGGAAUGGCAGGUGCAAGCACCUUCACCACGCCUGCGCCUGCUCCUGCAGCUGCCGCUGCUUUUGGAAUGGCAGGAGUGGGUGGUCUAGGGGCGAUGCCUGGUGUUGCUGGUGUGGGGGCAGUGCCUACCAUGCCCAUGGGUUUUGGCGCUGCUCCGGUCGCGGGUAGUGCUGCUGGCUUGGGAGGCUUUGCUGCGUUCCCCAUGCCUGGUGCUGCCGCUGUGCCUGGGGCAGGGGUUGCUGGUAUGGGUGGUGCGCCAGGUGUGGGAGCAGCAGGAGUGGGAUCAUUUGCUGGCAUGUAUGGCGGAGUGGGUGGCGCUCCUGGAGCCACAGGAGGUGCGGCUGGUAAUGCGCCUCUUUUCAAUGCGUUUGGCUAG